AACUAUAAGCAAUUUUUCGAUAAAUUACGUAAAGAUUAAAAUAUGAAAAAUAUAAUAACAAGGAGUUUUAAAAAAAAAUCAGCUCGCACAAAGAUUUUUGAAAAAAGAAAAGUGGAGUGAGUGGGAGACUUUAUCAUGAUAUGAAUAAGUUUUUUUAUGUGAUCCAUGUUUACAAAGAAAAAUGAGCUCAAACAAAGAAGAUAAAUCUACUCUUGAUAAAAUUCGUUUGCAACGGCAUCAACCGUCAACAAACUCAUGCGAAAUGUUCAGAGGGUUACGUUUCAAUCACAAAUAUUCUCAACCCCUAAAUCAUUUAGAAUUUUACAAUAAAAAAACAUCAUCAGAAGAUCUGUCAAAUGUCAGCAAAAAUGAUUAUGCAAAUAUGAGUCAUAAUUAUGCAAAUACAAAUCAUAACUAUGUAAAUAACAGCAAUAAUAUAUCCAAUAAUUAUGCAAACACAUCCAACAAUUAUGGCAUACAUUUUCCAAACAAAAAUAGCGAGGAGAAUGUUACCACUAACUUUUUGGAUAGCAGUUCGAUUAAUAAUCAUCAAAAUUCUGCUAGUUAUAUUUACGUUUCUAAAAGUCAAAAUAAAGAUUAUUUGACUCAAACCAACAAACUUCAAGAUUCGAUAAAAAAUAUCCAUAGCGAUAUUCAAAAUAAAUCAGUAUCACAUUUUAAAAAAGAACAUUUUAUAAGUCCAAUAAAUUCAACAGGCUUUAAAUACGAUGUUGAUGUAGAUCGAGACUCGUUUAUUCAAACUCACAAAAAUAAUUCAAAUUCCGACACUUUAAAGUCAUCCAAUAAAAACAGUUGGAAUCAUGAGUCUAUAAAUCAAGACAACAAAAAUAGCUUAAAUAACGACUCGUUUGACCACCUUAACAACAAUAUUGUACGUAAUGGCUUCAUUAAUCACUUCAACAACUUAAAUUUAAAUGAUAUUUCGUCUAACUAUCCCGAUAAAAGCCUUUUUAAUAAAAGGCAACAAAGUCCCAUCUCUACUGGUUAUACGGUUGAAAACUCGAAACAUAAUUUAACGACAAAUUACGAACAAAAAAAAUUGAUAAGCAAGAUGCAAGCAGUGCCAAAUGAAAAAAAUGAUAUCGGGAAAACAAAGAACAUUUCAGCAAAUGGAGUUUAUAAAAACAAUGGAUUUUUAACAAGUCAACAAAUUACAAAGGAAAAAUUAAAAGCAGAUAACUUUUUGUUCUACAUUGAUUCAACAGCAGAAAAUGUAAAGAAAAACCAAGCUGAGAAAUUUAGCAAAUCCCAAACAAUAAAAAAUAAUAAUCAAUUAACCUUAUUUUUAACAAAAAAUGAAACAAAAAAAGUGCAUUUUGAUAAAAAAUAGAAAA